UAGAAGGUAUAGAUAUGUCUGGACGCGGUAAAGGAGGCAAAGGUCUGGGAAAGGGGGGCGCCAAGCGCCACAGGAAGGUUCUGCGUGAUAACAUCCAGGGUAUCACCAAGCCAGCCAUCCGUCGUCUUGCCCGACGAGGUGGUGUGAAACGUAUCUCCGGUCUGAUCUACGAAGAGACCCGCGGUGUCCUCAAAGUCUUCCUCGAGAACGUCAUCCGUGAUGCAGUCACCUACACCGAGCACGCCAAGAGAAAGACCGUCACAGCCAUGGAUGUCGUCUACGCCUUGAAACGCCAAGGCCGCACUCUGUACGGAUUCGGCGGUUAGACUCCAGCUCCUCUCGGACCACCAGCAACAACAACAACAACCCAACGGCCCUUUUCAGGGCCAACCAA